AUGAGAUCGUCCUCGUUCAACCAGCAACGUCUCAUCUCGCUCGUCUGCGUGAUCCUCUUCUUUCUGUCUCUUGUUGCUCACGCACUUCCGCUCGAGGACGCAGAGCACCCGGAACUUUCUGAGCUACAAGCCCUAGUAGACAGCCUCCAAGCAGAGCUUGCAGCCAGCAAUGCAGAUAAUCUGAACGCGUCUUCCGGAGAUGCGGGAGAAUAUCAAUACGGCUUAUUACCUCCAAGUAACGAGGCCUGGCACGAAUACAACGUCCGCGCUUGGUUAGAAGAGAAACUUCGAGCCAACGGCCACUUCUUCGAGGAUUUGAUCCGGAGAUACACGCCCGGUGCUGCAUUGAGCGGAGUAAAUGGCGAUGGACCUCAGACGUGCAGCAUUGGCAGCUCCCUCAAUCUGUCCUAUGGUUUUCCGGAUGAUGCAAAAGCGGUGGUUUUGAUUGCAGUGCUUGAGGCCAUGGCCAACUUCGACGAGUUCGUUACAACACUCCAAGGGGCUUCUGACGACACCCAGCUAGGCAUUACCCGUCAGCGAUCAUUGGUAGCGGAUUUUACGGAGGCUGGCUUAGUAAGAGCGGAGAAGUAUAAGCUGGCGAAGCAAGAAGCACUUAUCGCCCACGCUUUGCUGCUUCAUGUGUUUGUUCUUAGCGAGUUGCUGGUCGAUGUACUCUCGGGAGGCGCAGUCCCUGCGGCAGCAGCUUGA